CGAGAGGGGUCGGCGAUGGCGGAGCGACUGCCGCCGGGCCCCCCAGUGAUUUUUUGCCAGGACUCUCCGAAGCGCGUCUUGGUUUCCGUUAUCAAAACCACUCCGAUCAAACCCUCCUCGCGAGGGGGCGGUGAGGAGCCGGCACCCGCUCCGCCCGUCCCCACCAGCCCCGGCUUCAGCGACUUCAUGGUGUACCCCUGGCGGUGGGGCGAGAACGCCCACAACGUGACCCUCAGCCCCGGCGGCACCGUUGCCCCUCCAUCUCUCCCGCCGCCCCGCGGGGGAGCGGGCAGAGCCCCUGCCGGGGACGAAGAAAAGGCGGGGAGCCAGGGCGGCGGCAGGCAUCGGCACCUGAAGGAUGGGAUAAGGAGAGGCCGGCCUAGAGCAGACACCGUCCGUGACCUGAUUAAUGAAGGCGAGCACUCCUCCAGCAGGAUACGUUGCAAUAUCUGCAACAGAGUGUUUCCACGAGAGAAAUCACUGCAGGCCCACAAACGAACUCACACUGGUGAAAGGCCUUAUUUGUGUGAUUACCCAGAUUGCGGGAAAGCCUUUGUUCAGAGUGGGCAGCUCAAAACUCACCAGCGUCUCCACACAGGGGAGAAACCAUUCGUCUGCCCAGAAAAUGGCUGUUUAAGUAGAUUCACACAUGCAAAUCGUCAUUGCCCCAAACAUCCUUAUGUCCGACUGAAGAGGGAAGAGCUCACAGACAGGCUGAGUAAGAAGGAGACUGCUGACAAUAAAGCUGUGGCUGAGUGGUUAGCGAAAUACUGGGAGAGUAGAGAACAGCGUGCUCCUGCUUUGAAAACUAAAACAAUCCAGAAAACAGAUCAGGAACAGCAGGACCCAGUGGAGUAUCUUCAGUCUGACGAAGAGGAUGAUGAAGAGAAAAACAGUGCUCAUUCAGCUGCUCGUCGUCGCCUCCAGGAACAGCGUGAACGCAUGCAUGGUGCACUGGCUCUCAUUGAGCUUGCAAACCUAGCUGUGGCACCACUUAGAAAGUAGAUAGAAACCGUACACAAAAAUGUACUUCCUGGUGGUACUUAACCAGUUAGAUCUUGAGCAUAAGCUAAGCACCUUAUUUGCUUCUCAUAGGCUGCUAUUCUGUAGAAUUUAUGAAGAAUGUUGCCUCAUUACAUGGGGUGAGAGAAUUGCACUUUUUGUAAGGUUAAAGAUAGAUGUAAAGUUUAAGUAUUUUGUAAAUAGAGGACUGCAUAAUGCAGGGUCAACAAAUUUACAUGUUGUGGGGCGCUAGAUUUUUGCAAGGUUAACUCAUUUAUUUGAAGCAGAUUUCAUGGGAAGCACUUUUGAAACAAAGUGUUCAUGAUUAGCAGAAUGGUAGUCAUGUGGCCAAAGAAGGCUGACAGAGUAUUUAUCUGACAAUGUAAGCAAAGUUAUAUGAAGGGGUAGGUCUAAUGCAGGAAUGAAACCAUAGUCUUCUGAUGUUAUAUCUUAGUAUCACUGCGGUAGAAAGAAAAGCUUAGUUGUAUCAACUCGUGGAGGGGAAGAAACUGCUUCAUGCAGGAAACAGUUAAGAUCGCUCAGGAUCUUCACUGUGACUGCUGAAGGGAUGAGUGCUGUUUCACAGUUUCUGAUUGAUGUCAGCAGAAUCUUUCGGUAGCACUUGUUAGUCCUAACAUGUAAUGUUAGGAACUUUUUGCACAUUGUUGGUUUUAUUUGAAAGUGAUUAGUCUUGCAAAGUCUAGGCAAAGGUAAUCAAUUGGUAAUAUUUUUUGACCCUGUAGUGAUUUGGCACUUGAUUUCGUUAAUAAAGGGGAUAUUUUACAGGGUGGUAUGGAUUUGUAGUAAACUAUUCUAGAUUUCUUGUUAGCAAACACUAAGUUUUAAAGUAUUGCUUUUAUAUGAUUAUUAGCAAAUAGAAGCCUCCACACUUUCUGUGCAUAAAGCCACCUUAUUGCUUUACUUCAGGAUAACAUGCCAAUUUUGUGUUCACUAACUGUAGCACAGUUUUCAGUUAAACACUGCAGAAAAGUAUUUGCUGUACAACUAGAAUAUAGGCUUCCAAAGAUAGUUAAAAGUGUUAACAGUGUGAUUUAAUAGGUUUCCCAAAUAAAUGAAGUUACAGACCAGAUGCUGCCUAGCACUCAGAUGCUGAUAGAAAAUGUUUAGUAGGAUAUCUUGUUUGUGAAUGCUGUAAACUUCCAAAUAGUAUUGUUUCACAGCGAUCUUUUCCCUAUUUUCCUUUGAAGGCAGCCAGAGAUUCCUAAAUAUGCUAACAGAACUACGUUUUCAGAUUGUUCUUGUUGUGUGUGUUUUGUGUUUGG